AUGAUCGCCCAAGGCUUCGUCGAAAACGGCGCCAAAGUCUACCUCAACGGCCGCGACGCCCCGGCCUGCACCUCCGCCGCCGCCGAACUGACCUCGCUCGCGCGCAACGGCGGCUCCGCGCACGCCCUGCCCGGCGACCUCCAGGACCUCGCCCAGGUGCAGGACCUCGUGAAGCGCCUCACCGACCUCGAGCCCGCCGGCCUGCACGUGCUGGUCAACAACGCCGGCGCGGCCUGGGGCGCCGACGUCGACUCGUACCCGGACCACGCGUGGAACAAGGUCCUGACGCUCAACCUGCACCGAGUCUUCACCCUGACGCAGCUGUGCCUGCCGCUGCUGGAAAAGGUCGCCUCGCAGGACGACCCGGCCCGCGUGAUCCACAUCGGGAGCAUCGACGGCAUCCGCGUGCCGACCGUGUCCAACAUUGCCUACGCGGCGAGCAAGGCCGGCCUGCAUCACAUGUCGAGCGUGCUGGCCAAGGAGCUGGGGCCGCGCUACAUCACCAGCAACGUGCUGGCGUGCGGACCGUUUGCGACUAAGAUGAUGAGGGCGACGCUGGACUCUGUGGGGGAGUAUAUUCGAAGCGAGCUGCCGUUGAGGAGGAUUGGCACGCCGGAGGAUGUGGCGGGUGCCAGUUUGUUCCUGGCAAGUCGAGCAGGUGCAUUCUGCAAUGGCGCUUUGAUCCGUAUCGAUGGAGGCGCAUCUAAUGUGGCCAAGCUAUAA